CAAAGGUCCUUUUCGAUCCAGACAGCCACUGGAGGCGGACUUAGUGCUGCAAUGUAAUGAGCUGCAGUGGUUUUGGUGCUUAUAGUGUCCCUUUAACUCAACUCCAUGACAAAAAAAACCUUGAUUACUUACCACGUACACUUAAGCAGCUCAAGGAAAAUAUCCGUGCAGAAAUUCAAGCGCUGGAGCCUCAAACAUUAACUAAUUUAAUGAACAAGGCAACUGAAAGAGAUCGACUUUUUGAAGCUGUAAAUGGAUGAGAUGUCAUCUUCCGUACCUAGUCAAACAAAUCUCUGUACGCUAUUUAAUCAAUAUUCACUGUGUUACAUAAAACAUGGGUACUGGGGCUUCCAAAGGGCAUUCAGCUGAGAAGCAUGCAUCAAGAGAUAAUGAGGACCUACCAUCUGCUGUACUGAAUGGUUCUGCAUCCACCCUCGCUGAUAACAAUUCCAUUGGAAAGCAGAGGACUCAAUCAAAAGUGGAGGAUGAUGAGGUAGCAGAAGACAUAGAACAAAUGGUACAACAUUUUAACAGACCAGAGGACACAGAGGAUCAAGUCAGGAUACAGAGAACACUCGAAACAGAAGACGUUUCACUGAUGUUUGAGAGCUUUCUGCACAGAAAUGGAACCCUUUACACCUGUUUCACUCAGAACGGAACCAGGAUGUACUUUGAUGACGAAAACGGUAUUGUGCCAUUUCCUGAGGAGCUAUACGGUGAAGGAAAAUUUAUUAAUACGCAAAACAAGCCCGACAAAGCGGCUGGUGACAUUAAACAAGAUAUUAACGGCAGCUCAGGUUAUUUAGAAAAUGAGCGCACCAGCUCCUUCUACAUACCAGGAAAAGGAAUGACUAUGACAUAUAUAUUUGAGGAAAGAACAAAUGUUUGCAAAUAUUUUGAUAGUGAUUCUGGUGCCUGGCUUAUUUUACCCUUGCUUUGGGAAGCGAACAUGGAUUUUAUAAAACACAGAGUGGAGCAAGUGAAGGACGCAUUACCAUCCAUAACGGACUACAAGGAAAUCCUGGCUGCACUAAGACUUUGUAAUUAUGAUCCUGAUGAAGUCAUUUCGAUGUUCUAUGCCAUGUUUGGGGACAGUCUGGCUGCCAUACCUGAACAAAACAUUGAAUCAUUGAAUUUUACUCGGGAUGUUUAUGAAAAGGAAAGGCAGAUUGAAAAUUUAAAAAAUAAAUUGAAGGAGCGAGAUAGAGACCUUGAAAAUAUGCGCUUAAAAUGUAAACAUCUAGAAGAAGAAAAGGAUCAUCUCAUUCGUCGCACAGAGGUGUUACAUGAUCAGGUUGAUCAGUUACAAUCUGAACAUGAAAAGUUCUUAAAGGAAAUAUCUGAAGUUCAAAGAAAAAGUUCAGAAACGCCUAAUCCUGGUCCUAGCAUAUUACCUCUGAAAAAAGAAGUAUUUUUAAAACUGAUAAAAGAAGCCCAUGAAAUUAAUGUUUGUAACCACCAGUUACGGGUGGUUGCUGUACAUGAUCUAUCGGACAUGGGUCAACAGUUGAAAAAUGUUCAAAAUCUAAUGGUAAACAUGAAAAAAUCUAAUCAUGAGUUGGAGGCAAUCCGUGCUCUUUAUCAAAGGGAAACCCUGGAACGGAAAUUACUUUAUAACCAGCUUCAGGAACUUCGAGGGAAUAUUCGUGUGUUUUGCCGCUGCAGAAGAGAUGAUGGAAAAGGGGAACAUCUAGCAUUUCCUUCUGAUGAAGACAUUUUGGUAAAUCAUAAUGGAAGCAAAAAGAGAUUCCGAUUUGAUCAAGUCUUUCUGCCACAGUGUACUCAGGAAGAUGUGUAUGAAGGGACUCUACCUAUCAUUAAGUCUUGUGCAGAUGGUUACAAUGUAUGCAUUCUGGCAUAUGGACAGACAGGGUCGGGAAAGACAUACACUAUGAUGGGAAAUGACCAAAAACCCGGUGUCAAUAUCAGGAGUAUCAGGGAACUCCUACGCAUUUGCCAAGAGAGGGAAAGAAUUAAAUACACCAUUAAGAUUUCAAUGCUGGAAAUUUACAAUGAAACCCUGAGGGAUCUUCUCUCACAAAAUGGUAACACACAACUGGAGAUCAGAUCACAGGGGAAAACCGUUUUUAUGCCUGGAUUAACUGAAACGGAGGUACUGACGGAAAACGACAUAAAAACGACCAUGUCUCUGGGCGAGAAGAACAGGACAGUAGCAUCAACCAAGAUGAAUACUGAAAGCUCACGUUCUCAUCUCAUGGUGAUCUUACGAGUAAAUGGGGUGGACAGUGUCUCCGGAGUUGUCUCUUCUGCAAUGCUUACGUUAUGUGACUUGGCUGGCUCUGAACGUAUUUCUAAGACUGAAGCAACAGGCCAACGUUUGGUGGAGGCUGCAGCCAUAAAUAAGUCUCUGACUGCGUUGGGACAGGUGUUUACAGCAUUGAAGAGUAACUCGCUACACGUACCUUACAGAAACUGUAAACUUACUCAUCUUCUCCAGCCAUCUCUUAGCGGCCACGCAAAGGCAUGUGUUUUUGUGAACAUUAGUCCAGAUAUAAGAGAUGUUGGAGAAACCUUAAGCUCACUUCAGUUCGGCUCAUCAAUUCAACAAAUAGCUCUAGGCAAGCCCAUUCAGAAUACAGCCUCUGUGAAGCCUAGUCACUGACUACAUGCACCCAGAAAACAAAUCUAUGCUGACAGGAUGGAGUAUGAUGGCUCGGUCAUACAGCAAGGAGACAUUUUCUAAUCAGAUACCGUUGGUUUUAUACAUUGUGUAAUUACCCCAGUAAUUGAUCUAACGCAGCUGCUGACAAUGUAGUGAAUGCUGGUGUCUCAGGAUCAAGUCUUGAAGGAAAUUAAAUAUACGACAGAUAAAACACAGACACGAAUAUCAAAGAACUCCUUUUGUAACCUUAUAGUUGUAAAUGCAUAAUAACAAAUUAUAUGCAAGAGGGUUUUGAUUUCUUCUAACUAAAGAAUGACAGUCUCAGAAUAUCCAGCUGUGCUAAUGCAAAUGCAGUAUGACUGAUAAAGAAAUGUAAAAAAUGAAAACGCAAAGCAGGUGUGACAUUAAAAUCUGUCAUUUUAA